AUUAGGAAUUGUAGCCGGGGAGCAAAGCUUCAAAUCUUCGAAAUGAGUUGUGCAGGAGCACAGGAAGAAUCUCUGGAAUCUCAUGUCAUAGAAUUGGUGUUGAAAAAGGAGAUAGGCAAAGGGUCUUAUGGCAAAGUCUAUGAAGCUGUGUGGAAGGGACGCGACGUUGCAGCGAAAAGGUUUCACUCUGUAUUCUUCCAAAAUAGCUCCUGCCUGCAAGAACACUUUAUGGAGGAAUUUCAGCGAGAAUGGAACAUUCUAAAGCUUCUCGAACACCCCAAUGUGGUGAAACUACACACUGUUUUAUUUCCUAAAGGACUCUCACCAAUAGUAAUCACUGAAUUACUUCACUGUGACCUGGAAAAGUACAUUAGAGAGUCCACAACCACACCAAAAAUCCCUGAAAUGAAACUGAUUUGCAUCGCUUUAGAUGUAAUCGAAGGUCUUAAUUACAUGCAUGGCUUGGAGCGUCCUGUUGUGCAUCGUGACUUAGCAACAAAAAAUAUAUUGUUAACAGAGCAUGGUAAUGCCAAGAUUGCAGAUUUGGGGAAGGCCAAAAUAUUUGAAGCAGGCUGUGAAAUGCAUGCCACCAAUGUUCCAGGAACACCGCUAUAUGCAGCUCCUGAAACAUACCCUGUUAUGAAGCAGUUUGAGGUGGUAGCAAAUGCAAAGUAUGGUCCAAAAGUUGAUAUAUUUUCUUUUGGUUUAGUGGUUAUGGCUAUGAUUGUUGGACAUGAACCAAGAGUGUGGCCGUUAACUCCAAUCACCAAAGGUAUGUUUUGAUGUGAGAAUUAGGGAGCUUAAGCAAUGACAAUGGAGACGGCAACAAGAAAGGCAAAUGAGCAAUGGGUUUGUAUAAGCAAAACAACAGCUUUGCACAUGCAUCAUGUUUUUAUGUAGAUUAUGUGGUUCCAGAAAAUAUUCAUACCCCCCCAUGGAGAUAAUUUCACUUAGGACCCCCAACUUCCCUGGAUUUUCUAUAUUUGUAAGGAACUGAUAACCCCCCAGCCUCCGGAAUUUCCCCAAAGACAAAGACCCCCAUGAACCCCUCUGGAAAAGUUUAUUUUCACAAAAAAAGAUCAUCAAAGUAAAGAACGACGCUGUUUGUGGUUACGCAAUGGUUUUCAUGUAAUAUUAUGGAGGGGUCUCGAAUUAAAACACAGUAAACUACCUACAAAGCAACCUAAACUAAAAAAUAUUGCUUAUCCCUUUAAGUGAAAGAUAUAAAGUUGUAUCUGUCAGUUUACCUUGAUGUGCAAGCUCACGAUUCUUUUUUCCAAACGGUGGCUAACUGUCUCUUUGGCAGUAAUGUUGAUGGAAUUAAUGCCACUUCAGCGUGAAUACAAUCGUGAACCUGUCAAACUUUCAAUCACAAAAUUUAAAGAAAACAAAAAGGAGAAUAAAAACUCUAGAUUCUGAAAUCGUUACAUCGUAUACUGUAUUUAUUCGAUUAAAUGCCGCGGCAUUUACUAUAUUUUUAGUGUCUCCAAUGCAGUGCUAAUUCAAGGGCGGCAUUUAUUUCGAAACCACUUUUUCUAAAUCACUGACAACAGUUACUGUAAAUCGUUUGUAAAUACUAUUCAAUGUAAAGGUUCCAAUUGCCUAAUUUCAUACCGUACAGGAGCCUGGCACUACCGGAUUUUCCCAGACUUUUUAAAUUCCGGAUUCAAAAUGUCUUCUAAAACAGAAGGUAAAGCAAAGGUCAUUGCAUGCAGUUGAAACGAUAUUAAGGGCCAGUUUACUCCAGAAAGUUAAUAUUGUACAGCAAAGAACGGUUGUUUUACUGCUUUAAAGAACUUCAACCAAAAAAUUCGAGAAAAGAAGGAUCUAAUUGGAGACUUUCGCUACUUGGAAGUAUUCAUUUGGAAGGAUUCCCGAAUUGUUCGACCAAAAAUUUGAACAAAAAACCGUCGAGUUUAGCUUUUUUACGGUGCUGGAUCGGACCGAAUAUUGGGAAAGGUAAGGGAGUGGGUGUACCUGUUUUUACAAACUGUUGAAUAAAGACUACAAAAAGCAAAACACACAAGAGUGACCCUGAGUGAAAGGCAACAUCUUAUUAGCUCGGCAAGGCUAAAUUAGAUUUUCUCCCCGUCACUGCGUACGGUCUCAGUAGAAAUCCUAAAGAUCAGACUGGAAGCAGUUGUCACUGAACAUAGAUAAAAGCACGUAUACUUCAGUCUCACCUGGGAGGCAUUUCUCGUCCAGUAACACUGCAGUUCUUGUGACCAGACCUCAUGCAUUAAGCAAUGUUAUAAUAUACACAAGUAAUUUUUCUUAGGGGGAUAAAUUGUGUAUAGUUUCUUUGUGAGGCCCUUGCAUGUGAUUCUGUACCUUCCAGUUACAUUGUAAUUCUUUUAAUUUAGACACUACUCAGGACAUGUAUAAAUUUACUGAUAAAAUGGCAAUGGCUUAGAAGGCUCAUUUGUUGAGCUGCCUCUUUUUGGAACUUACUAAGACCAUGUUUACAAUUUGGGCAGUCACCUUGUAAUCACAAUCAAGAAUGUCACGUACAUCUACCUUUUGGCUAACAUGCACUGAGUAUAGACUAGUCCCUAUUCUCCCUGCAUGUGAUAUAAGAUAGCUAGGUUUAACAUACACAACGCCACAAAGUUCACUACACUCAGUACCUUUCACGGACAUUACUCUUUUCCACGACAUAAAUAAUCCGGGUAAUGAGCCCUUCUGUACUGCCCUUUUAAGUUUUGAUCAGGCAUACUUAGGUUACGAUCGGUACGUACACAAUCACAUCUUUGUACUUGCCUGUAGUGCUUCUCUACUUUACAGAUGCGGGUAGAAUUAAACAGAGGCUCCUUUGCUGCAGAAAAAUUAUAAUCAUCUUUGGUUCAAGUGACCUGUUCAUUGAACUGUUGCUUGCACUUGCUAAGUGUCGGCUCCAGAGGUUUAGCUUCAAUAUUGCACCCUCUCCAUUGAUCAAUUUUUCUUCGAAAAAGAAUGCUUUCGUUCGAGUUUUUACUCUGACUAUCCGCCAUUUUGAAACUGGCCUUUUUAAAAAGUUCGGGAAAAUCCGGUAGUGCCAGGCCCCCGCACGGUAUGAAAUUAGGCAAUGUCUCCCUUAUUUCGCUGAGAUAGAAUCGCAAAUGUCUGGAUGGUGCAAAUUGUACCGAGAUUUUUCUUUUUAUUCUCGAGUAGACACCACAUUCUUUUGAUUAGUUGCGGCGUUUAUUUGAGGGCGGUGUUUAUUGGUAAUUUUGCUUCCAUCUGCAGCCGUUGAUCGAGGGUGGCGUUUAUUCGAGGGCAUCAUUUAAUCGAUUAACCCAGGGAAAGUUAAGCAUUCCAUGUUGUACUGUUUUUUGAUCGACUGACGUGACGCAGAGAUCGAAGAAACAUAGCUAGGGAAGAGUGAGCUUGUGUAACCACACCUGUUACGCGUUUUUGUCUCUACAGAGACUGGUAACGCAUAAUGGCAGUCAAUAUUACACACACGGCAAGUUUUUGUUAGCCUAACAGAGGCCUGAUUUCUUUGGAUUUGCAUACAUGACGCUUUUGGAAGAUGGAAAACCUGGUUAAGAUGAAAAAACAAUCAUAAAAUUAAUGAUAUAGUUUAACUUAUUUCUGUCUUCAAAAAUGAUCUACCAGAUCAGUAAGUAGCAAUUUUCAUACACAGUUCAAAAUUAACCCCUUGGAAAGUGAUUUUUAUUGUCCAACCCCCCUCCCCUCUGGAAUUUCCUGGGCCUCUGACCACCCUCCCCACCAUUCCCUCGGAAUUUCCAAUUCCCUCCGUGGUUGGGAUAUGGAUAUUUUCUGGAACCACACAUUUCUUAGCCAUCUUUGCACGACUACGACAUGAAAGUGCAAUUAAUUUCAUGUUCAUUUCAUGCUAUAUUCUUUUCCUGAACUUUGAUACAGUCCUUUAGAAUUCAACUCCAAUUAAACAAGGUGGAAUAAGCGCAAUAAAGUUUGAGGCAGCGUGAAUUCACUCUUUAAGUGACGUUUCCAUAUCCGUCGCCGUUGUUGUUGCUUAAGCACCCUAUUCUUUAUUAGUAAAGUAAGUAAGUGAAGUAAAUAUCAUAUUAUCCACUCCCCUCAAGACUUUUCAGGGAUAAUUUACAACACUGGUUGGGGGACUUUGCCAGACUGCUUAAGGUACAGUUUACAAGUAAUGAUGCCCCCAUACAUGAGUGUGAAAGUGAGAUAGACCACUACACCGGGCACUAUGUGCCCUAGUCUUUACAAAGAGUGUGUGGGUUUUUUAAUGUCCCACAGAUUUUUUAUUAGAUUAUUAGAUGUGCAAGGGCUUGUGAGACAGGGCCUAUGAUUUAUCAUCCUUAUCCGAGAAGACUAAAAAGUCAAACUGUUUACAGAUGUUAUUACAAAGGCAGCACUUUCUCCUCAAUUAUUUAAAGACCCUGAGUGUUGGUCUGCCUGGGGUUUGAACCUACGGCCUCCCGCUCAGCAGACCGGCAUUUAUCCCAUUGAGCUAACCAGGCAGCAGUCCAUAACUUGCAUUCAAAAAGGCUGCCUGACUCAUUUAAGAAAUGGUAAACAUGCAUCAUAAAACCAUUGUGUUACUGAUGUACACAAAGGGGUUGCUAUUUGCACAAAAGAAGCACAGUUGCUUAAGGCAUACCCUAGAGCAACUCUAGCUUCUUGAGUGCUUAGCAAACCUCCCAAGUGCAUUCAUGACUCGUUGGUUGCACAGCUACCAGAGAAUCACAUAAUCAAAGAGAACAACUUCAUUAAUCCUGACAGAUAGCAGGGGAAAGAUUUGAGUUUUAUUACCAAUGCACUGUGAUGCAUGCAAAUCAUUCUUUGCAGUCGUUUCUUUUCGAUCUUUUUGCUGAAUAAGAAUCUGAGUAUGUGCUUUGCUGUAUAGUUACGAUAAUUUUCAAUUAUGCAGUUAAGUGCAUAUCCAUGUAUCACUACCAGCAGUACUAUCUACCCAGUACAGAUCCCUAGGGAGGGAGGGAAAGGAGCAGUGGUGACUGCAUGUUCUUUUUUCUGAGAAAUUCUCUGCUAAUUCACAGAACUUGGUUACAAUGUUAGAGACAGUUUGAUUUGGGGAAGUCUCAACUUAGAACUUACAUACAUUUAUUGAUUUUGAUGUUCAUUCUGAAAAAUCAUUGAUCAAGGAAAUCUUUUUUAACACGCAUUAUUCUCUUUGAGAUAAAGGUAAGAGAUACCUUUGCUAGCCGUUGCAGUGUUGAGCAAAAUAAAUUUGUAAUUUGGACUUGUAAGUUGCUCUGAACAAAUUGCCAAUCAAAACACGUCCCUUUUUGCAGAACAAUGUUGCAACAGUCUGAUUGUGAAGUUCCCUUCCUGGUUACCUGCAAAUCCCUGCAACAAUGAUAUGUUGCCCCAUGGCCACUGCAGUUUAACUCAUCUAUAUAUAAGAAAAAGCAAAGAAAGAAUAAAGUAGGGGCCUUCAUAACAGGAUAUUCAUGACGGGUCACCCGUCCAGUUCCUAACCCCGCCCAACACGGCUUAACAUGAGUGGCACCAUUAAAAAGUGAGUUUUGCGAGGGUAAUGUGAGAUACAUAUUUCUAGUAAGAUAGUGGACUCUCUAUUUAUUUGGUUGAAGAUCUAAGUGGCAAAGUGGAUAAAUGGAUUUUUAAAUCAUUUAAUUUUUUUAAUCUAUUAUUUUGAUACAUAAAUCUGUUUUAAGUUGUUAUUUAAAAAAUCUGAUGAAAAUUUUUAUUCCUUUAAGAUGGUGAGAUGAUCAGCGAACAUGUCCGACGCAAAACAGACAUCACUGAGAUGGGGGAACAUUUCUUGAAAAAACUGGUGGUAGCAUGCUUAGAGAAUGACAGUGCUAUGAGACCUGGCACAAAGGAAAUCAAAAACGUUCUUGAGAGACACAAAUUUGAGGCUGAGUGGGUAGUAUUGCAAUCAAGUGGAUUUGAAACUGAUGAUGAAGUCAGGAUUGAGAAUGCUGAAUGUCAAUCAUCACCUUAUUACAAGCUCAAGGUUUCACUCAUUGUUUUGCUCCAGAAAACAUCUAUACUACCCCUGUGGAGGGUUUAUUGGUUUGAAGUCCCCCACCCUCAGGAGAUUCCAGUUUACGUUCCUAACAAACCUUUAACCUUUUUGGCUUCUUAAAGACCUUUCACCCCCGCUGCGUAUUUCCAGUUACCCUCCAUGAACUGAGUAUGGAUAUAUUCUGGAACCAUUUAUUGGUGUCAGGGGAAUGGGAGACUUGUUUAUUCAUUUGUAUCAAGAAUCCAUUAUUUUUGGUAUGUUUUGAGCAUGACAGCCUGAAGACAAACCUCAUGUGUAUAUGCGAGCCUACUGUUUUCUGUUUUGUCCAUGGCAUUUUAAAAUUCAUUAUAGCACAUUACCAG